GGUGCACUUCCUUCAUCCGGGUAGGGGAGUUUGGGCCUGUCCGUUCGUCCCCCGUUGCGCAGCGCUUGUCCGUGAUGUUGGCCCGCCGUCGUGCCGUGAGGCUGCUGGCGCAGGUUCUGUGUGUCCACCUGCUCAGGGUCUGCGGCUCCGAGCUCACCUUCGAGUUGCCGGACAACGCCAAGCAGUGCUUCUAUGAAGACAUUACUACAGGGACGAAAUGCACCCUCGAGUUCCAGGUAGUGACUGGGGGCCAUUAUGAUGUUGACUGUCGUCUGGAGGAUCCGGAUGGUGCUGUUCUCUACAAAGAAAUGAAGAAGCAGUACGACAGCUUCACAUUCACAGCUGCCAAAAAUGGAACCUUUAAGUUCUGUUUCAGCAACGAAUUCUCCACUUUCACCCACAAGACUGUGUACUUCGACUUUCAAGUUGGCGAAGACCCUCCACUCUUCCCCAAUGAAAACAGAGUGACCGCACUAACUCAGAUGGAAUCGGCAUGCGUCUCCAUCCACGAAGCCCUGAAGUCUGUCAUCGACUACCAGACGCACUUCCGACUGAGGGAGGCCCAGGGUCGCAGCAGAGCUGAAGACCUCAAUACCAGAGUGGCAUUCUGGUCCAUUGGGGAGGCUUUCAUCCUGCUGGUGGUCAGUAUCAGUCAAGUCGUGCUGCUAAGGAGCUUCUUUUCAGACAAGAAAACCACCACAACCCGUGUGGGAUCCUAACGUCCUGUGGUCAUCUCCAAUUCCUGUCUUGCAUACAUGUGUGCGGACACACACAGAUGCACAAGGGACUUAAAGCAGUGAUGCUUCAUGGUUUAAUGCUUCAUUUUUAAGACUCCAUGCACAAUAUGAUUAUUUAAAGAUGUUUUUGUUUGGCCUCACAUCUUUUAGACACGUGUGUGGUUUUCGGUUUCAUAUCCUCCAAGUUAUAUUUUCAUUGUUAAGAAGUAAAAAAUCUUAAUUUAUUAUGUGGGUAUGUGUUUAAUUGGUACUCUAAGAUGACAUGUAUAUGUGUGUUUUCUUGAUGGGGUAAUUGGAGACCUACUUAACACAAAUAAUGCAUCUGAAUUUUAAAAACUGGUCCUGUGAUUUGCAUUGUGCUCAUCUAGAUGUCUGUGAUUGUUUCCCAGUGUCAGAUAUGAGUCAAAUAAAACCACGGAUUGUUCAGGAAACGCAGUAAAAACAUGGAGGAAAAACAGGGACUUUCACUUUUUAAAUGCAUUUUGACAAAAUCAAAGCCUGUGUUCCCUCAGUAUAGGCACACAUUCAGUUUUAUUAGAUUAAAAAACAAUUUUUGCUAGUGCUCUGCUGUUAGUGUAGAAUGAGAAAUUUUCUCCUAUUGUUAUGUAGCUAAAACCUGAAGGUGACCAGAGCUUCUGUUUCCUUAAAAUCAUUUCUUUGUAUUUUUAUUGCAUCACAAAGGUUUAGUAGUGAGAACUGUAUACCAUUACUUUGAUAGGAGGCUACUAUGUGCUUACUACCUGGUUACAAAUUCAAGUUGGUAUCUUCAACCAUGUUCCAGGAGACCCAUCUUCCUACUCUAUAAGAGUUAUGCUUCAGUAUAUAUUUAACAUACUUGGAUACUGAGCAUUCACCUACUUGAUGAAAGGUGUGAACACUAGCAGAGAGGUAGACCUUAGCCAUCAGGAACUCGAGCACAGAGUAAUUCCAGUUCAGAUUACAUGGGCUAAACACCACUUGUUCAAACUUGGGAGCCUUUGUGUAGCAAGAACCAACAUGACACCAGAAGCAGUUUAAACCUUUUUUCCCCUUGGUGUCAAAUUAAUGAACAAAUAAAUCGCAGCCAAAUGUCUUAAUUAGCCUUUGUUAACUCAUUUUGCAAACCCUAGCCAGAAAUUGCCUCAAACACAGCAGUGCAGUAUAUGAAGCAGUGGUUUGCUGAGGUAAGGAAAUCAGUUGAAAUAUAAAUGUUUGCUCGGAGCCACAGUAGAGCAGAGAACUUCCGAUCCAUAGCUGUGUUCUUGUUUAAGGGUGGGGGUCUGGAAGGGGUGGUCAGUCUUGAGGGGUUUUUUAAACUGCUUAGUGAUUUUUUUUUUUACAUUUUUUUUUUUUUUGUGUCAGGUAAAUUUGUUUAGCAAAGGAAACCAAAACACCAGUUUGUUUGAUUAGUUAUAAAUGUCUAGUGGGGAAAGGGGGUGUACAUCAAGGAACUUGGUAACUGGGAAAAAGUUAGUGUUAUGAAAUCUUGUAUAAACUAACCAUAAAAAGUAAUAUAGGCCUGUGUAGUUUUCUAUCAGUAACCCAGUUAGAUUAAGUGUGGGUAAAGUAGUAUAUGUA